GCCGCCGCGUGAGCCCGAGCCAGACCCCAGGACAAAAGGGAAUGAACGCAGAAGCUCCGCCCACUCGUGGGCAAGCGCCCUUCUCAAAAAUGGCUGCCGGGGCGCUACUGGAAGAGAACCGCUCUGGGCCCCGCCUUUGAUCUCGUUGGUGGGGCUGGGGGGAAUGAGAGCUGCACGGCGCGGGACAAGUCGCCGGCGGCGCCCGACGGAGCAGAAGAAGCGAGAUCAUGGAGCUGGAGAGGAUCGUGAGCGCAGCCCUGCUCGCCUUUGUCCAGACGCACCUCCCAGAGGCUGACCUCAGCGGCUUAGAUGAGGUCAUCUUCUCCUAUGUGCUCGGGGUCCUGGAGGACUUGGGCCCCGCUGGCCCGUCAGAGGAGAACUUCGACAUGGACGCCUUCACCGAGAUGAUGGAGGCCUACGUGCCGGGCUUCGCACACAUCCCCAGGGGGACAAUAGGAGACAUGAUGCAGAAGCUGUCAGAGCAGCUCAGUAGCGCCAGGAACAAAGAGAACCUGCACCCGCAGAGCUCUGAGGUCCAAGGUCAGGUGCCCAUCUCCCCUGCACCCCUACAGAGGCCGGAAAAGCUCAAAGAAGAAACUAGGUCUUCUCUUGUUGCUACUGGGGACAGCCACGAUGAGGCAGCUGGGACUGAGGAAGACCUGCUGCCAGGAGUGGAUGUUCUCCUGGAGGUCUUCCCCACCUGUUCGGUGGAGCAGGCCCAGUGGGUGCUGGCCAAAGCUCGGGGGGACUUGGAAGAGGCUGUGCAGAUGCUGGUAGAGGGGAAGGAGGGGCCUCCAGCCUGGGAUGGCCCCAGCCAGGACCUGCCCAGAUGCCUCAGGGGCCCCCAGAAGGAUGAGCUGAAGUCUUUCAUCCUGCAGAAGUACAUGAUGGUGGAUAGCGCAGAAGACCAGAAGGUGCAUCGGCCCAUGGCACCCAAGGAGGCACCCAAGAAGCUGAUCCGAUACAUUGACAACCAGGUCGUGAGCACCAAAGGGGAGCGGUUCAAAGAUAUGCGGAACCCUGAGGCUGAAGAGAUGAAGGCCACAUAUAUCAACCUCAAGCCCGCCAGGAAGUACCGCUUUCACUGAGGUGCCCGCCGGACUCAGCACCAGCCUUUCUCGGCUCAGCCCUCAGAGGGAUGCAGGAGCCCUAAACCCCCCACAGGGCCCGCCCAAGCCCAGCGCCCUUCUCUACUUCCCUCUUCACAGUGUUAAUCUCCUCUUGGAGCUGCCCGUAGGCAGAGUAAAGGUGGCCCCAGGAAGGUC